GGCUGCGUUUUAAAUCCGCAGUUAAAAAAAAAAAAAAAUCGAGCACGCCACGUCGUACAAACGAGGGAGUGAGAGAUAGAGCACAGUAUGAUGUCCCCAAGUCAAUCACAAACAAUGGAAAGAAGGGGUUCACAACCUUAUUAUGGAAUGAUUCCCCUAGACACGGAGAAACCCAGACCCCGGAGAGAAAAGGCCGGAGACCGGUGGCGCGGGUCCAGGGGGGCAGGCAGGGUUUUCCGAUGCUCGCGCGCCGGGCCGGGGGAGAGGGGCGGGGGGAGGGUGGUCGCGGCGGGAAGCCGCGGAGGCGGCUCUAAGCCCCCAGCCCCGCCCCGUUUGGGCGGCCCCUCCCCGAUCCCGGGCUCCAGGCGUCGCGGGGGCCCAAGGGGGGCGACCCGGGCUAACGACUGGCAUCUCCCAGGCGACCGGCUCCGCAUCAAGAUGGCGGAAGAUAAAGACAAGGAAGAGUUAGCACUAGCAGAAUUUCACAAAAAAAUCAAAGAAGCAUUUGAAGUGUUUGACCAUGAGUCGAAUAAUACAGUGGAUGUGAGAGAAAUUGGGACAAUUAUCAGGUCAUUAGGAUGCUGCCCUAGUGAAGGAGAGCUGCAUGAUCUGCUUGCAGAGGUAGAAGAAGAAGAACCCACUGGAUAUAUUCGAUAUGAAAAAUUUCUUCCAGUGAUGACCAAAGUACUUCUGGAAAGAAGAUAUAGACCAAUUCCAGAAGAUGUCCUUCUUCGAGCUUUUGAGGUUUUAGAUUCUGCUAAACGUGGGUUUCUUACUAAGGAAGAACUCAUCAAAUAUAUGACUGAAGAAGGUGAGCCUUUCUCCCAAGAAGAAAUGGAAGAAAUGUUGUCUGCUGCAAUCGAUCCAGAUUCAAAUUCAAUUAAUUACAAGGAGUAUAUAGCAAUGAUGGUGAUAGACGAAAAUUAAAUGUUUUAAAACCUUAAUUUCUAAUUGAAAAGAUAGUUUGAAAAUGGCUUGUCCUAAUUAAUUUUGCAUUUUAUUUUGUAAUUCUUUUAUCUGAUAUCAAUGCCUGUGACAUGAUUAUUUCAACAUAUUUUGUUUUCUAAAGAUGAUCAUAACAAAAAUUCUUUUUUAGUACUGGGAAUGGAAUCCACUGAGCUUCAUCCCUAACUCUUUUUACAUUUUUCAUUUUGAGACAGGGACUCACCAACAGGCUGGCCUCAAACUUGCAAUUGUCUUGCCUCAGACUUCUGAGUAGCUGGGAUCAUAGGUGUGCCCUGCUCACCUGGAUGAUCAUAAUAAUGUUAAAUUAAACAUGUCCAGACUUAUGGAAUGACAUACUACUAAUUACUUAAAAACUAAUCUUAAGACAGUUUAACAUUAAAAUAGAUUAUUGUUAAUUUUCUAUAAUAAACAUGUUACCUUUUAAUUAACUAAACUGAGAAAAUUAAUAAUAACUAUAAUGAGCCAAGGUUUGGCAUAUAAAGAUCUUGAGAGAGGGCAGAAUGACCACAAAUUGAAAAUGAGUAUCAGUGUGAUGAAGGCUUCUUUUUAAAGAACAAUAAACACUUCAGUAAUCUGAA